AUGAAUCCCAGCAACAAUCCAAACCGUCGUCGUUCUAAUCCCGAUCGAGAUCCUCCUGGUUUAUAUCGUGAAGAUGCUGCUACAGAUCUUCAUGGUUAUGGAGGCCAUCAUCGCGAAGGUGAACGAAGAUAUUCACGAGAUAUACAAACAGAUGGCUCAGCUCCUCGAUAUCGAGUGCGUGAGUUCGGUGUACCCCGCGAUCAAGCAGCCCGCGAUGCAACCCACGAUUCGUCGAUAUGGGAUGAGAAAGAGAAGAGAGAUGGGAGAAGAUAUGAAGAAAGAGGAGGUGGUUCCGGUGGUAAUUUCGGUGGUCGUUCCGGUGGUCGUUAA